ACUCAACACAAGAUGGCGCUGUCUUCAAUAAGCAGAUUAGUUCUGCUAGUCGCCGUGGCGUACAGCGAGGCGUCCGACUUAACGUUAUCCCGAUCAAUCAGACAAGCGCCAGGCAGUAUCUUCACUGUCGGCAACGGCGAGCAGUGUCUCGGCUCCGACAGGACGACUGGUGGCGUCUGCUUGUCAAGAAACCAGUGUAACACUCAAGGAGGGAAGGCUAUUGGGUUCUGUGGAGUCUUUGCUACGUGUUGCUCCCUAAACGCGUGCGACGUUCGAACCAACACCAAGGUGGCGGUCUUCAUCAACCCGCCACUAAACCGUGAAUCAUCAGGGUUGGAGUGUUCAUACAACGUCGAGAUAAACAACAACAAUGUUUGUCAGAUGAGGAUUGACUUCGAGACGUUCAAUCUGGCGCCACCGACUACGAUCGACCUCGUGGAAAACGUCACCCAACGGCCGGGCUACACGUGCAGAAACGAUAUCUUCCAAGUAACCAACCUUCAGGCCAACUCUGACUUCGUCCCGCCCCUCUGUGGCGACAACAAUGGACAGCACUUGUACAUCAGGGUAAACGCGUCCACCAACAGCCGAUCCAUCCGCAUUAACUUCAAGAUCGCCGACCGCAAUACCCAGCCCAAUUUGCCCCAGGCUACCUGGAAGAUCAAGGUCACUCAGUUGGAGUGCUUCAACACUUUGGGCAAAUACCGCGAUGGCAUUCUGAACGCAAUCACUUCGUCUCUGCCGUCAUCGCCUCUGUCCACCUCCGCCGAUAGAGACGAAUAUCUUAUUGCUCCUCCCGGUUGCCUGCAGUAUUACCCAGACCGUUCUGGAUCUUUCGAAUCCUUCAACUACAACAGAGGCGCCGGACCUUAUAUUGCUAACCUUGCUUACGCCACGUGCUUUAAGCGAACAUCUGACGUGUGCGGUAUUAAGCUAACAGCCGCAAGUUUCGACAUGGCGUAUCGCCAGGAAGACAACCUGUACCUCGACACCGACUGCCAAAUCAACCCGUUCACCCAAGGCGCGGCGCAGUCUGAGGACUACCUCUUCAUCCCUGAGGCUGAGACGGCCGACGGGUUGAGAGGAGCCAAGUUCUGCGGCGAGAGUGCCAGCAACCAGAUUAUAGCUUCUACCCCGCCCGGCCCUCUAUACGUCCACUUCCACAGCGACAACUUGGUAACAGAUGACGUCAACGAGUACGGAUACAGAUUCAACUAUAACGUACUAAACAACUGCGUGCUCAAGCGAAAGUGAGCCUUAUUGCUUAGGAAUAAGAGCCUCGGCUGGCUUGUAUUAUGAAGUUAUCAAUUUCAAACUGGGUCUGUGG